CAAAAUACAUUUCAAAAAUACACCUUAUUAGUUAUUUAAAAUAAACCAAAAAAUUUAAUUAUAGAAAGACAACAAAUAUGGGGGAGAACGAGACUGCAGAAACUGCCAGCAACAUAAUCAAUGAGUCAAGUGCAUCUUCGUGCGAAAUACCUUUUCCAUUGCCGCAUGCAGAUUCAUCUUUAUGUCGUGAUAAGUUUCUGAAAGAUAUAUUGAAGGACUAUGACCAAUUUGGGAGAGCAAAGAAUUUAAAGAUGUUUCCGGGUUCAAAAGAAGUGAAACAAUCCAGAGCGGGAACAGCUGAAAAAUGGGCCAUACAGAGAAUCAUAGAAAGAAAGUCGCGGAAAACCAUUCUUACAAUAGAUGUACCCAGUGGAAGCAUACAAACAAAAGCUGAGAAAGAGCAGGGGAUAUUUUAUGAUUAUAGACAGCAAUUUCAAAAAGAUUCUGUGGAAUUUCUAAUAGUUCGAUUACUCCGGCAAGUGGAACUCUUUGAGAACGUUUGGCCAGGUGACAUCAAUGAAAUACCUCAUAAAUUAUUCUGGUGGUCGGUGGAGCAUUUUAUUAAUCGUCUUUCCAUUAAUCAAUUGUAUUUGGAUGUCAUUACGAUGGAGAGAGGUUCAGAUGAUUUGGACUGUAUGAAGUAUCGUACCGAUUUGAGUGAAAUAUCAUCUAUACUCCAUGUUUUACGUGAUGAUUUUUGCGGUAAUCGAGAUAUAUGUAAGGGAGCCAUUGCCAUGAUGAACGCUGCUAAUUAUCAUAUAAAUUCCAAUUGGGUUAAUGAAAUACAAGAGAUAUGCCUUGAGCAUGAUGAUCUUGUUAGAAAAAUAUUUGCAUUUCGAGCCAAUUCAAUAAUUAAUGGACAUACACAAGCACGACAAUCGGCUCUAUUGGUAGAGGGCGAUACUCAGGAUGCUCUAACUCCCAUUGAGUUGCGCUAUCGCAUCACAUGGGUUCGCACUGGUGUCGAGCAGUAUAUGAUGAGAAUCCAACAGAAACUGGAUAAUCUGGAACGGGAGCUAAGCAAAACGACAAAGAUAAUGUCUGAAAAUGCUCUAGUAUUCCAGUAUACGGAAUCAUUGUACGGUCUACAGAUUCAUAAAUAUCGAAGUGAAGUGGCUGAAUGGCAGGCGCGUUACGAUAAUGAUUUCGAAAACGCUGAUCUUCAAUGCACACAGACUCGUAUGGCAGUGGAUAAGGUAAGAGAUGAAUAUAAAUUCUAUUCAGAUCAAUUGGCCAUGAUGAAACGACGAAUAGCAGAAGUUGUUGAGCUAAUGAAAAAGGAAGAAGAGCAGCGAAUUCAACAGGAGUUGGAUAAGGAGCUUCAGGAAAUGGAAAUGAACAAAGCUCUCGAGGAUAAAAAGAAAAAGAAGGAGCAAAAGGAGAACAAAAAGAAUUCCAAAGGCAAAAAGCCCAAAACGAAAUUCUAAAUUGCUGUAGCUAUGUUGCUAACCUAAACAAACUAAUAAUCACUCUGAAAAAAUAUAAGCAUGAACUUAACCCUUAAAUGACAA